AUGCAGUACGUCCGGAGUAUUGGUGGUUCGGUCUCCAAGACAUGGAAUUCUAUCAACCCGGCCACCCUCAGCGGGGCUAUUGAUGUCAUUGUCAUUGAGCAAGAAGAUGGUACCCUCGCAUGUUCGCCCUUUCAUGUCCGAUUUGGAAAGUUUUCGCUCUUGCGUCCGUUUGAGAAAAAGGUCGAGUUCAAGGUGAACGGGGUCCAGCAGAAAUAUGCCAUGAAGCUCGGAGAAGGAGGCGAGGCCUUCUUUGUAUUCGAGACGACCGAUGAGAUCCCCGCAUCCUUACAGACUUCGCCGUUGGUCUCUCCGGCAGCAAGCCCAAGGGCUCAGAGCGAACCGGAUCUUCCGCCUUCACUACAAGAGCCCGACUUCUUCGAUCUGGACAAAGGGAACGAUGCCUUGUCGGAAGGUGCAAAGACCCCACCGGCGAUGGGAAUACAGGCGACCAAGAUGCGAGCGAACACUGAUUUAGGAACAAUUACCCCAUUAUCGCAAUCUCCCAACGAAUCGAACCUAUCUCAUUCACGACACGGCUCACUCGGCGGCAAGCCGCCCCUUGACCACUCCCUCUCGGAUAACGUGAUUCCGCUCACCUCGCCUCGACACUCCUUGGGAGGCCAGCAGGCAAGUGAAGAUGAGGAGACUCCUGAGGCCGAGGGCGAAGCGGACCGUUCUCGCAGCCCACCUCCUAUUUCCCCAGAGGAGGCGGUUUCUCGUGCCCAAGUACUCUCAAAGAAGCUGUCUGGCUCCAACAUCCCAUCUCAUGUUAACGAGACGGGUGAUCUGAUGCUGGAUAUGACUGGGUAUAAAAGCAACGAUGAGGAUGCGCUCCGCGCUGAGAUCGUUGCCCGCAAGAUCCUCGCAGAGGAACUCGAAGGGAGCUAUGAUAUCGGCGCAUUGAUUGGAGCCGAUGAGCAUGGUAACCUGUGGAUCUACAGCAGCGAAGAGUCCAAGGAGCUGGCUGAUCGGAGAGCGACUCUCAACUCCAUGCGUCCCAACACCGUGUUGAACGAUGAUGCCAUCUCUGACCCAGGAUACCACAGUGACGGCGAUCAUCCCGUCUCGGAGCCUUCCUUGACCUCACGUCACCAUCGGACCAAAUCAGAUGUCCAACCUGGGUUCCCCACGCCCCCGCACUCGCCUUUGCAUGAUUCUUUCGAGGUCGAGACUCGCAACUACGCCAAGACUCUCCGCUUAACUAGCGAUCAGCUCAAGGCCUUGCAGCUGAAGCCUGGCGCCAACACCAUGUCUUUCAGUGUCAAUAGAGCGAUUUGCACAGCGAACAUGUAUUUGUGGAAUGGAAACACCCCCAUCGUGAUCUCUGACAUUGAUGGAACCAUUACCAAGUCCGAUGCGCUGGGCCACGUUCUCAACAUGAUCGGACGUGACUGGACGCACGCUGGCGUCGCUAAGCUUUAUACCGACAUUGUGAACAAUGGGUACAACAUUAUGUAUCUUACCAGUCGGUCCGUGGGUCAAACCGAUACCACGCGUGCCUAUCUGAAUGGCAUUUGCCAAGAUGGGUACAGACUUCCUAGGGGACCCGUCAUCUGUAGUCCAGAUCGCACUAUGGCGGCUCUUCGACGAGAGAUCUAUCUACGAAAGCCUGAAGUUUUCAAAAUGGCAUGUCUCCGUGACAUUCUCAAUCUCUUCUGUGGCAAAGAGAAUCCAUUCUAUGCUGGAUUCGGAAACCGAUUGACCGACGCGUUGAGCUAUCGCUCUGUCAACAUUCCAUCCACUCGAAUUUUCACCAUCAACUCAAACGCCGAGGUCUCGUUGGAUCUGCUCAGUCUCAAUAAAUACAAGAGCAGCUAUGUGACGAUGCAAGAGCUACUUGAUCACUUCUUCCCACCAACCAGUUUGCUUGUGCAGUCUGGAGGCGAAGAAUACACGGACUUCACAUACUGGAGAGACACACCACAAGAGCUCGAUGACUUCUCCACGACCGACAGUGAGGACGAGGGUGAAGACGACGACGCCGAUGAAGACGAAGGCGACGAUGAGUACGAUGACGAAAUGAGUGACGGCGAAGGUAGCGACUACCCCGACGAAGCCGAGGGUGACGAAGAUCUCGGCGCCAGCUACAUGUCCCAAGACUCGGCAGCCUUUUCCAACCCCGCAGGCUCGAUAAUCGAAUCUGUCGAAGGCGAUCUCAUCGCCGAGGAGGCCAUCGGCGAAGAAGAACUUUCCCCGAUCGUCGAACAACCGCUCGAAGCAACCGAGCUUUCAACAACUUCUCUGCCUAUACGGUCAAAGUCGCCUCAGAGCCCCUGA